AUGCUGUGCUACAAGAGGAACAAAAAUUUGAGGGACCUAUUAGUCAACACGGACCCGAUACAUUGUUACUCAAAGGAAAGAACGCCUCAAAAUUUGGGUUGCUACCGCUGUUUAGAAUGUGUCACUUGUGGACACAUGAUCCCAGGGAAGACAUUUACUUAUCCUUACACUGGUCAAAUGUUCCGGAUACAACAUCGUCUUACAUGUACAAGUGACUUUGUGGUUUAUAAAUUGGUGCAUCCCUGUGGUCUGACUUAUGUUGGGAAGACAGACCUACCGUUGAGAGAACGGAUUAGAAAUUACAGGUCAAGUAUCAGGACUGCAUACAGAGACAACAAGUCCGAAUUACCGGUGGCAAAGCACUUUCUAGAAUUGGGACAUACUCUACCAUCCAUGAAGCUGAUAGCCAUUGACCAUGUUCCUUUACCCAGGAGGGAUGGGGACCGUGCUUCUACAGCGCGAGUUGUAUUGGAUUAG